AUGGCACGAGACCCAGCACCGAAACCGCCGAGGUGGCUUUACCAAGAAAUUCAGGAUGCCUCACGGACUGAGAUUCACAUUCAACCUAGGAGAAAAGCCACAGCCACGCCGCAGGGGCCAGGGACGUCGUUAUCAUUUAUGCCACAACCACAAGAAGCAGACCUAGAACUUCCGCGGUGGCAACAGGAACAGCCACAGACGCAGCGGGUAUCAAGCCAGUUCACCGAGACGGUGUCUCCAAGUGACUUCCAACCCUGGGAGCGUGAGGACUGCCUCAGUCCAGCGCUCAUGUCCCAGGACCAUGCCUGGCAACCGUCGGUUCCAACUACUUCCUCACAACAGCAGCAGGUCAAGACCCAGUGUUCAUUGCAACGCCCAGAACAACGUCGGUCCCGGCAGAUACCAAGCCAGUUCUACGAGACGGUGGGUCCAAGGGAAUUCGGAUCUUGGAAGCGUUUGAACCAUUUCAACCAAGCGACCCAGAACUACCACGUCUGGCAGUCACCGGCUCCAACCACUUCCUCGCAACAGCAGCAAUACGACACCCAAUACUUGCUGGGCCAAGGGAUUGAGAAGAUGCGCCAGAAUCACCAAAGCCAGACCCAGCAGGAGCAGUUGAGGGAUGAAAGAGAGCGAAACCUGCAGCAAUGUCUUGACAACAUGCGCAUGAAGUACCAACUUCAGACCCAGCAGGCGCAGUAUAAUAUUCAGUCAAGUCCUGAGGCUUUUAGAUCACCUAUAUUGCGUGCGUGUCCGAGUAGCGACGAGGACGAGGCAUCCGCUAUAUUUGACGGAUAUCACUAUGUGUGA